AUGUUGUUCAAGAUGCAUCCGCCAGUAAUACUCUGCACAGCAGCUUUCUUCAUUCUCUCCCUUCUUUGUUCCCCUGCUUCCCCACAACAGCCCGCCGGCGAUCAGAGCAACCCAAAGCUCAUAAAGCUUGCCAUAUUCUGGCCAACCUCGCUCUGCAACGGCAAAACCAAGUGCAAGUACAACACUCCUCCCGAUCGAUUCUCGAUCCAUGGCCCCUGGCCCCUUUACCGCGACCCUCCCGGCCCCGACACCAUUGACUGGGACACUUUUCCGAAUGACACAGAGGAAAAGAUGAAGGUUGACUGGGCAAGCUACGGCACCACCACGAAUCGACAGUUUUGGAACCACGAGUGGAAGGACCACGGGAGGAUCUCGGGGCUGUUACCGCCGAAGUACUUCGACCUGGGACUCGAUCUCUUCUACAGAGCGGACGGGAAGAGUUUGAUACUGUUGUGCAACAAGGACAAGGAGGGAGUGGUGCAGCUGUACGAGAUCGAUAUCUGCGUCGACCAUGCCACGGCGGCGCAUGACUAUGCGGAUUGUCCCCAGCCAACUCCGGGCUUGAAGUCUCUCUGCCCCAACAGCUUCCGGCUGACUAAAGCUACUGUUACUAUUCAAUUUACGGGCUCUGAAGCCUCUGAUUCUCCGGUCCAUGAUGAGUUUUGA